AUGUGGAGGUGGAACCAGACUGCUCUGGAAGACUUCACCCUUCAAGGGCUCUUUGAUGACUCCUUCAAUCACCUUUGUCUUUUCCUCCUGAUCAUGCUGGUGUUCCUCACUGCAGUGAGUGGCAACAGCCUCACCAUCCUCCUCAUCUGCGCUGACCCCCGUCUUCACACACCAAUGUACUUCCUGCUCAGCCAGCUGUCCCUCAUGGAUCUGAUGCAUGUCUCCACAACCAUUCCCAAGAUGGCGAGCAACUACCUGUCUGGCAAGAAGUCCAUCUCGUUUGUGGGCUGUGCCACCCAGCACUUCUUAUACCUGUCUCUUGGUGGUGCAGAGUGUGUCCUCCUGGCACACUUGGUGGUGCAGAGUGUGCUCAUGUCGUAUGAUCGCUAUGUUGCCAUCUGUCACCCCUUACGCUACACUGUGCUCAUGAGCAGAAGAGUAGGGGUGAUGAUGGCUGUCAUGUCAUGGUUGAGUGCAUCUGUGAAUUCCCUAAUCCACACAUCCAUCUUGAUGAGCUUCCCUUUCUGUGGUUCAAGAAUCAUCCACCACUUCUACUGUGAGUAUCCAGCUGUUGUGAAGCUGGUAUGUGGUGAUGUCACUCUGUAUGAGAUCACAGUGUACAUCUGUAGUGUUGUUCUUCUUCUCCUCCCCAUCAUUCUUGUCUCUACAUCCUAUGGAUUCAUUCUGCACAGCGUCAUGCAGAUGCGCUCAGCUGGGAGUAAGAGGAAUGCCUUUGCCACAUGCAGUUCUCAUCUCAUUGUGGUUUCUCUUUGGUAUGGUGCCUGCAUGUUCUCCUAUAUGAGACCCCGGUCCCAACGCACUCCACUGCAAGACAAAGUUGGUUCUGUUUUCUAUAGCAUCAUUACUCCUACCCUGAAUCCCCUGAUUUAUACUCUCAGGAACAAGGAUGUUGCCAAGGCGCUGAAGAGAGUGCUGAGGAGGGACAUUGUUUCUCAGUGUGUUCAAAAAAUGUAUGCAAGCUUAAGAAACGAGGAAAAUGAGUAUAGGCAGUUAAAGAAAAAAUCACAUAGUUUUAAAAAAUAA